UGUGUUCUCUUCUCUCACCUCCUCGAGUCUAAUCUGUACUUCCUGGAUACGCCGUUCAGAAAAAUAAUCAGGUUGGAUUUGCCAUUAUAGCUUAUACCGAGUUUCCGUCGACCUGUUGCAUUUCCACACACGAAGACGCAUUUUUUUAAACGAGAAAUGCCCAUUAAUGUCAAGAAAUCAACGAUGAAGACAUAAUAUGGGACCGCGACGCGGUAGGCGGAGAAGUCGCAUAGAAAGAGCGCCACGUCAUUGAUCGGCGGAGGAGUCAGAGAAACACACCCGCAAUUUAGUUCGAGUCCCCCGCUUUGGACCUGAUAAUAGACAGUUGUACUUUACCUUUUUGCCUUCACUUUGCUUGACAUUUUCUUACCAAAGGAGAACCAGCCAAUAGUCGGUUCAAAAUGACGGCGUCUAACUGGGGUCUCAUCAUGAACGUGGUGAACAGUAUCGUCGGAGUCAGUGUACUCACCAUGCCCUUCUGCUUCAAACAGUGUGGGAUAGUGCUGGGAACUCUCCUGCUGUUCUUCUGUUCGUGGAUGACCCACAAGUCUUGCAUGUUCCUGGUCAAUACAGCAAGCAGCACCAAAAGGAGGACAUAUGCAGGAUUGGCCUACCAUGCUUACGGUAAACCAGGAAAAACAGUGGUGGAGAUGAGCAUGAUCGGUUUGAUGUUGGGGACCUGUAUUGCAUUCUACGUCGUGAUAGCUGAUCUGGGCUCAAGUUUCUUCGCUCAGAUGUUAGGUUUACAGGUGACUGGCGGUUUCCGCGUGCUGCUGCUGAUCGCCGUGUCUCUGUUUAUCGUCCUCCCUCUGAGUCUGCAGAGGAACAUGAUGUCCUCCAUCCAGUCCUUCUCUGCUAUGGCGCUCAUGUUCUACACCCUCUUUAUGUUCACGAUGGUGCUGUCCUCGUUCAAACACGGGCUGCUCAGCGACUGGUGGCUAGGGCAGGUCAAUGUGGUGCGCUGGGAGGGUGUGUUUCGCUGUCUCCCCAUCUGUGGGAUGGCCUUCGCCUGUCAGUCACAGGUGCUGCCGACCUACGACAGCCUGGACGAGCCGUCCGUCAAACGCAUGAGCACCAUCUUCACCUCUUCCCUCAACGUAGUCACCAUCUUCUACAUCACUGUGGGUUUCUUUGGCUACGUCAGUUUCACUGAUAACAUCGCAGGCAACGUGCUGAUGAACUUCCCAUCCAACCUCGUGACUGAGAUGAUUCGCGUGGGCUUUAUGAUGUCUGUGGCCGUCGGAUUCCCCAUGAUGAUCCUGCCCUGCCGCCAGGCCAUCAACACAAUGCUUUUUGAGCAGCAGCAGAAGGAUGGGACGUUUGCUGCCGGGGGAUACAUGCCUCCUCUGCGCUUCAAGAUGAUCACCCUCUGUAUAGUGUUUGGCACCAUGCUGGGAGGCAUUCUCAUCCCCAACGUGGAAACCAUUCUGGGUCUGACUGGAGCCACCAUGGGCAGCCUCAUCUGCUUCAUAUGCCCUGCUCUCAUCUACAGAAAGAUCCAGAAGAAUGGCUUCAUUUCUCAGCUGGUGCUUUGCGUGGGUCUGGGCAUCCUACUGGUCAGCACCUUCACCACCCUCUCCAUUUCAUCCAGAAGCACCGGCACCAAGGUCCAAGCUCCUCCCCCUCCAGCCCCUGUCAAGCACAACCUGCCGCUACCGGACUUCCCUGAACGGCACGACAAUCUACCAAACAAGAAGCCAGCGGAGAUAGAGAAACCUGAGCUUCCAGACGUGCAGGUGGUGCAGCCUGUAGAGAGGGGCCCAGUUGAGCCCCCCCAGAUUAAAGGACCAGUGGAACUACCUGACAGGAAGAAGGAUGAAGAGGUGCAGUUGGACCGCCCUGAUGCUGGUGUCGCGGUGCCAGAGGGCAAGGCCCAUCGCCACGAACCCCCCAUCCCUCAUGACAAGGUCCAAGUGGACACAAGAAAUGAAAAGCCAGGUUUAGGGCACGCUGUGCCUGAAGAGGACAAAAAAGACGACAAAGUUGAAGAGAACCCGAAGCCUGCUGACGCUGUAGUGGGGAAAGAGGAAGUGGAUUUGGGUGGUGGUGAAGUCCGGUCUAAUGAAGUGGUAGAGGAGCCAGUUGCAAAGGCAGACAAAAAGCAGGACGUCCCCCCUCCAAAGGAAGUGGAGAAGCUCGAGCCCGUGAAAGAUCCUCUUGCAGGGAAUCAGGCUGCGGUGGCACAGGUCGAUAAAGCAGGCAAAGCUCCAGAUACUGCUGGGAAACGUGAGGCUCCACUUCCUGAAGGAGAGCAUCCUCCUGCUGCAGACGAGGCUCCAGGUCCAGACAGCAAAGAUACGGCAGACGAGAAGAUGGACGUGAUAAAAAAGCUGGUUGCAGAGGGCCAGCUGGACCACGCCGUGCUACUGCAGGUGAUCAAGGAGCAGCAAGAGCAACAGAAGAGACUUCUUGACCAACAGGAAAAACUACUGGCUGUCAUAGAAGAGCAACAUAAAGAAAUCCACCAGAAACAACCAGCUGGGGCUGCUGAAGGUGAGGCAGAGAAAGGCGUCCAGGAGGGGGUGGAAGAUGGAGCAGCUAAGGCCAAAGAGUCUGGCCCGGACUCAGACGUGAAGCAGUCUAAAGCAGAAGCUGGAGCCGGAGCUGCCGAGCCUCAUCCCGCUGCCCAGAAUCAAGUGCAGGCCGUAGAUAAGGGUGCUAAGGUCGUCGCUGUUCAGGCGGCUUACAAGGAGGAUGGCCAUGUUGCACACGGAGGAGAAUCCCAUAAGCAGAGUGAGCUUGGGGCAAGGGGAGUGCCACUGGGAAAGAAAAGACCUGAUGACCUUCAGCUUGUACCCAAAAAUGAUCAGGCAGCUCAACUUAAAGAUGAAGAAAAAAGCCUAGAUAAGGAAAAACAUAAAACUGAACAGCUUAAAAAAGAACAGAUGGAGGAAGAAGUUCAGGCAAGACAGCUUGAGAGGGAGAAAAAGGAAAAGAUGGCCAAAGAGCAAGAGUUAGAAAAUGAGAGGAUAGAGAAAGAAGUGCAGGCAAGAUUGGAAAACGAACGGCUUGAAAGAGAAAAGAUCGCCAAGGAGCAGGAGUUAGAAAAGGAGAAACUUGAGAAAGAAAAGAUAGAGAAAGAAGUGCAUGCCAGGGUGGAAAAAGAACGACUAGAAAGGGAGAGAAGAGAGAAGCUGGCCAGAGAACAGGAGCUGGAGCAAGAGAGAGCGGAAAAGGAGAAACAGGAGAAAGCUGAAGAAGAGAGACUUCAGCAGGAGAUGCAGAAAACAGACAAUGAAAUACUUGAGAGAGCAAAGAAAGAGAAAGAGGCGGAGGAGGCUCGGGAGAGGCUGGCCCAGCUGGUGCAAGUCGUAGAAGAAAAAAAGGCUGCACAGGGGGCUGAGAGGGAAGACGGGGAAGCUUUGAAGAAAGGAGGACGAGACCUCAAAGAGGAAGCUGCUUCUCAGGCGGACCCAAGAGAAGGUGUGGAAGACGGGGCCGUCAAAGCCGAGUCUCGGCCCCAGGGCUCCCAUGAGAAAUUCAGGGACCAGGGAGAGAUGGAUCUAAGGCGGAGGCGCAGGGCACUGGGACCCGGAGAAGCUGGAGGGCCCUCCGAGGACACCGGGGUGCCCAGGGGGAUGCCGAGGCUGGAGCCCCUGCUGGUGCUGGGGGGCUCCGACCUGCACGCGGCCCUUGAGGAGCAGCUCCUGGCUGGGGCAAUGGUGCACACGCGGCAGAUUAAACAGGCCUCAGAGGAUGAGGGAACGAAAUAAAGCAUCAGACACAGAUUCUCACUCAUAGAUCUGGCAGCAAGUUCAACACAUACUGUACAGCUGCAGGAAACUUGUAAUACUGUGGCCUUACUUUCUUUCUCUCCUUCAGAAAUGUUGUGGACAAAGAGGAGAGAGUUUCUCUUCCUUGAUAGUGGCUACUGUGGAAAGAGCAAAGUGCAUGUAAAUAUUAACUUAUUUUUGUCUUUUGGGAAGAUAAUUGAAGAGAUUACUGUUGAAAUGUAUAUAAAUCUAUGCAAAUAUCAUUCCAUACAGUGAUUAGACAGGGAGGAUGUAUUCAUGUUUGUAACUGAGUUACCCAGGGCCCUUUUUUCUUUGGGUAGUUUAGCUCUCUGAAGGAUCUGUUGUACUCUCUCCUGUGCCGAUUUUCUGUUAAAAGUUCAGUUUGUGUGUAUCUGUUACUUUGAGAUGUAAAUAUUGUAAUAUCUGUUACAGUUCAAGGUUUCUUUGAACCUACGUGUACCCGAUAUUGAAUGUAAUCUUGGUUCAGGUGCCUACAGAGUAAGUUGUUUCACUAUAUUUUCAAAUGAAAGUUACUGAAUUCAACCUCAUGCCGGAGAUGCAAGGUAUGUAGUGUAGCCUUACAGUUUGAUAAACUAUGGACAAUGAAGCCGCUAGAUCCAGAUCAUCAUUAACCAAUCAUUCCAUCCUUAAUAUCUGUUCUUUGAUUUAUGAGUGCCUUCCAAUCCAUAUGCUGCUGUUUUCCCUCAAUUGGUGUUGUUUUUGCUUCCACUCUUAUUGCAAAGAGUACAGUAAUUAUGAGAAAAUAAGUGUUGAGGAUAGUGGAAAGAAAUAUGGAGUGAGUUUGUAGUGUUUCUUAGUAAUCCAAUCUUUCUGAAAAUUUCUGUUGGACCUUUGCUUUGUACAAGAGGCUAUUUUUCUAUGUGCAUUGUAUUUAUGUACAUUUUACUAAUAAAUAAAAACCUCUCUGUU